UAUUUUUGACAUUUAAUGCACGUGAUGCGGAAGUCAAUGCUGAAUCACUUAUCGCAAACAUAAAACACAAUUUUCGGCUUAAUCAGCAUAGUUUAAGUUAGAAUGUUAAAACCAAAAGCCUUGACGCAAGUUUUAAGCCAAGCUAAUUCCGGAGGCGUUCAAAGUACCCUGUUGCUCAACAAUGAGGGAGCGUUAUUAGCUUAUUCUGGUUAUGGUGACAAGGAUGCUGCUGUGACAGCAGCCAUUGCUAGCAAUAUCUGGUCCACAUAUCAGAGAUCAGGUGCAACAGCAUUAACGGAUGAUAAACUCAAAUUUGUCUUACUUGACUGUGAGGAGGGUAAAGUAGCCAUCACACAUGUUGCCAAUCUUCUUUUAUGUCUGUGUUGUAAAGAAAAUGUUGGAUUUGGAAUGUUGAAAGCAAAGGCUGAAGCAUUAGCUGUUUACUUAGAGGACCCUCUGUCACAGAUAGCAGCCUCCUGACAUCUUUUAUUCACUAUAAAAACUUUACUUAUUAUAAAAUAUGAUUACCCGAAAUACUCACUGGAGUGUGUUAACUCUAAGAUAUGAACUGAAUUUCAUAGAUGGACACACACACCUUGAAUACAACAGAACCUCUUGACAUGCUUGAUAUAAGUGAGUCGGAAUCAUUUGAACAUUAAGAAUAUAUUGAAAUUUGUCAAAUGUUAUACAAAAGAUGUCUCUUAUUUCAGUUUGUCAUUUGAUUUAUCAUGCUGUUAUCCAAAGUUUGACUUUCAUAAUAAAUGUCUGAAUAUUU